AUGGCAGGAAUUAAGAGCGGCGGCAGAACAAAAAUCAUUGGUGGAGGAGACCAUGGAUUUACUGAAGCUUCUACAGCUACCAAACGCAGGACUAGUGCCCACGGCGGUGCCAUUCGGGCACCUCCGGCUAAACGCCUGAUGAAAGGGACUGCUAAGAAGGUACACAAGUCGAAGCCCGAGGACGAGAUCGAGGAGGAGGACGUCCGGAUGCAUGGCAGCGAUGACAAUGAACAUGUAGAGGAAGAAGAAGAGCCAGUUCGAGUGCCAGAUAAGUCUAAGCGAACCACCCGUGCUGCUUCGAAGCGGUCUGACAAAGAAACCAUCGACAAGGGCGCUGGAGGCACCGAGAAAUCCACCAGUGGCAGCAAGCGCACCGCGAAGCCCACCAGCAAGAGCUCAACCAAAGCCACGUCAAGCGCUUCAAGGAAAGAUACGAGGAAAGCCCCUGCAAAGGGUAAAGGCAAGAAAGGUGAUGAACCGCGGGAACAAAAGAACAAAGACGAGCUCAAAAAGCCAAAGAUCCCUAGACAGUUCGAUAUUCGUAGGAUCCUCGCUCAACGAGAUGUCGGAAAGGAGAGAUUCUACAACGUCGAUUGGUAUCCAUCAUGGGUAAAGGCAAGAACAGUACGCCGGCCGAAUAUCGAGGACUGGGAAAAAAACGUGGAGCGCUACACGUUCCAAUGGAAGCACGACACUGUUUACAAAAUCGGAAACCCAUCCAACGACACUUCAUCCGAGAUGGCUCGACAAUUCAUCGAAAGCGUGCUGAUGAUGUACCAAACCUACAUGAAUCGGGCACCCAGUGAAGUUGCAGCCGAGCUCUUCGAGCACGACGAGUGGGAAUUCUGCAGGCCAAAAGACCGCGAUGCCGCCAUCGAGGCAGCUGCUGACGCCGAGGAUGACCAUCCGACCAUGACUGCAGCCGAAGUGAUGCAACACACCUUCAUCGAGGCCUGGAACGAGAAGACCGAGACACCGGGAAGCAGCCACGCUCGCCGCUACGGAAAGAUCCGAGUGCAGUUCGCCGGCGAGAUCGACGAGAAGGCGACCUCGCACCGGUUCCAGCCUGAAGAGGGUAUGCGAACCGUCGACUUCGUUGAGCCGAUCUUCGCACACGGCCUCUGGGACUCGGAGUACAUGGAUGUCGUCAAUUGGGACAUCCACGGCACGGACGAAAGCCAGGCGAGCUUCCAUCUCGACGUUCUCCAACCGCUGGUCGCCAAUCUCGUCACGCAGUGUCCCUAUCUGCUCAAGAAGACCUGGCCGCUCAUGUUCAUCUCCCUCUUCUACUGGGAUAGUGAGAUCAAGCAUCUCCUUGCCGAUUCGGACUUUGGAUUUGAGCUCGUUGGUGCUUGGAAGGAUCCGGAUCGCUGGGCUUGCCGCAUCAGGGACACGCUCAUCUACACGUACAUGAAUGAAUGCGAGUGGGAGAUGCGGUGCAUGGACGAGGUGAAUCAAACUUUCGUGGAGGCACAGGAUCUCAUCGAGGGGUAUUUGGCGAUCGCUAGAGGGGCGCGCGAUCGCGAUGAUGGUGAUGACGAGGAGCGACCGAGUGCUGCGCACGCGGAGAAGGGAACGGCUAGCGAUAGGUCCGGUGCGAGUGGCAGUGGAGAAGAAUCUACUCAUAGCAGGAAGGGUUUCAGGGCGAGAACUGAAAACGCGAGUGAAAAGGAUGAGGCAGAAGACUCUUGGGAGACGAGCCAUGACGAGGAUUCGUAG